CGUGUGUGAAGCUAUCCUCAUUCGAUACCAGACUCUCGGUCCAGUCGUUUCGGCUUCUAAAUUUAUCAAAAUUCUAAAUUUUUCUUUUCGAAAUUAGUUCAACCAAAAUACGUUAAAAGAACCCAAGAUGUGUAACGGAUGUGGAUGCUGUGGACCCUGUAAUGAAACUCCCUGCUGUGGCCCGCACAGUCCGCCCUGCGGAGCCCCGUCGCCCAUUCCGUGCUCCCCUGCUCCAGGCAUGUGCUGUCCUCCGCUGCCCGAGGGCGGCAUUCCUGAUCCGCGUGUCUGGAACUACUAUAACACGCCCCCAACGUAUCCAUGUGGCUUCUAAGUGGCUUUGGAAAAUUCUACAUAUGGAACUGACGUGCAGACGAGUGACCCCACCUUUUUUGGCUGCCGUAUUUUGGUUGGGAACUAAUCGAAAACGGAGAACCGUCAUUUGACACAUUUUGUACUUAUUUAGGCUUUAAAUUAAAAUAUAUCUAAUUUUAUACAAUCUGGAUGGUUGGGCUUUAA